CCGAGCGAGCAGCUGCGCGCGCGGUUCCACGCCGCCUUUGCCAGCCGAGGCGGCCGCCCGUCGCGGCUACACAAGGAGGUGCUGAGCGCGCUCGCCUCGCUCCGGCUCGAGCCGGCGGAGCACCUGCAGACCGACGAGGGGUACACGCUCGACCUCGUCGUCGAGUGGCGGGGCGAGAAGGUUGCCGUCAUGGUCGACGCGCCGUGGCACUUUCACAACCGGCAGCCGACCGGCCACACGCUGCUUCGGCGGCGGCAGCUGCGCCACUUCGGCUGGCGCGUGCUGCCGCUGCCCCAUUGGGAGUGGAGCACGCUCUACCAUUCUGCCGUCGCCGACGACGCGCCGCCGCAGAGAAGGAUGCAAACCUACCUGCUGUACGCGCUCGAGCAGCGCGUCAUCUGA